AUGACAAGGUUUAACUUUUUAUUGUGCUUAACGGUUCUUAUUUCUUUGGGACUGUCCGGGAGCGAUGAGCCGGACCUCUUUCAGGCUCCACUGAGUGAGAUGUCCUCGGAUGCUGGAGUCUCUCUCUUUGAUCUGGAGGAUGUGGACUCUCCUGAGUGUUCCGCGUGCGUUUGGAGAGAACAGAGUAAAGUCUUACGGCUGGAAACAAUCAAAUCACAAAUCCUUAGCAAACUGCGCUUAAAACAAGCGCCUAACAUCAGCAGAGAGGUGGUUAAUCAGCUUCUUCCCAAAGCACCUCCGCUGCAGCAGCUUCUGGACCAUCACGACUUCCAGGGGGACGCAUCCUCCCUAGAAGAUUUCAUGGACGCCGAUGAGUAUCACGCCACUACCGAGUCCGUCAUCACCAUGGCCUCAGAGCCUGAACCUCUGGUGCAGGUGGAUGGGAAACCCAGCUGUUGUUUCUUCAAGUUCAGUCCAAAACUGAUGUUUACCAAGGUCCUGAAAGCCCAGCUGUGGGUUUAUCUGCGGCCACUACAGCAAACUUCCACUGUUUACUUGCAGAUCCUUCGCCUUAAACCUAUCACUGAGCAAGGAAGCCGACACAUCCGUAUCCGGUCACUCAAAAUAGAGCUCAGUUCGCAAGCGGGUCAUUGGCAGAGCAUUGAUUUCAAGCAUGUGUUGCAGAACUGGUUCAAGCAGCCACACACAAACUGGGGCAUUGAUAUAAAUGCCUAUGAUGAGAGUGGCAAUGACCUGGCUGUGACAUCUCUGCGGCCUGGAGAGGAAGGACUGGUAAGGACCCUUAGACCUUACCUGGAGGUCAAGGUUCUUGAAACAACCAAGCGCUCACGGAGAAAUCUGGGUCUUGACUGUGAUGAGCACUCCACAGAAUCCCGCUGUUGUCGCUACCCGCUCACAGUGGACUUUGAAGCUUUUGGCUGGGACUGGAUCAUUGCACCCAAACGUUACAAGGCAAACUACUGUUCAGGCCAGUGUGAGUACAUGUUCAUGCAGAAGUACCCACAUACUCAUCUGGUUCAGCAUGCCAAUCCUAGAGGCUCGGCAGGGCCAUGCUGCACACCCACGAAGAUGUCGCCGAUAAACAUGCUGUACUUCAAUGAUAAACAACAGAUAAUCCAUGGCAAAAUCCCAGGAAUGGUGGUGGACCGUUGUGGCUGUUCAUAGAAUUAUGUGUUUUGGUUGAGCUAAGGGGAA